AUGGCUCCUUACCGUCAAUUUAAUCGUCAUCCAGAAUUGCUGGACAACGAAAUUUCUCCAACAAUAAUCCGGAGUUCCAACCACAACCCACCAAAUCAUCUUCAAGCUCCUUAUCAUUUUUUAACCGGGAAUCCCCGGUUUCGGUUUAACAAAAAUCAUCCGUUGAUGUCUUCUCACGGAAACAAACAGCACCCUAGUGUUCCAAGAGGUAUUGACGACGAUUUUAACAACAAUAGACCAGUUAAUCACAUAUUAAUUCCCCACGGAAAAGGAAUUACUCACGCUUUGUCAUUUGGUAAAGGAUAUGUUCCUCACGACGCAUUAACUGGCAGCAAUUUCAAUGGUGCUUCUAUUUCUUCUCAAGACAACUAUCCUUCCCAGUCGGUAUCGCAGUUACCUGCCAUAGCAAAUCACAAUAAUAAUAAUCAUAAUCCAUAUAAUCAAAAUAAUCCAAACAAUUUUGAUUUAACAGCAGAAAGAAGAUUAGAAGAAAUAAAAUCGCUUAUUUUUAAAGCGAAACAACUUGGACUACUUAGCGAUAAUAAUAAUGAUUAUAAUAACAAUGAAAAGUCAAUUAUCACGCGUGAUAUUGAAUCUUUUACCAGUCAAAAUAAUUACUAUAAUAAUAAUAAUAAUAAUAAUAAUAAUAAUGAUAAUGAUAAAAAAGGAAUUAUUAUACGUGAUACAAUUCUUUAUGAUGAUUACAACAAAAAAAUUACAGAGUUGGCUAAAAAUUGGCCCACACAUGUCUUCAAUAAUAAUAAUAAAAAUAUGGGGAUAAUAAAUGUAGCAGAAUUAGCGGCUCAAAAUGGUUUUAACAUACCUGCACAAUUUUUAAGACACAUUAAUUUGCAUAAUGGAGGAAUUGGAAGUAAUAAUUUAUUAAAGCAAAAUUCUGGGUACGCUGUUAAUGAACAUGUUCAAGAUAUUCCGCAAGAUUACAAUCGUUACAAGCCAAUUGCCGAACUUCGGCCAAAUCCAACUCCAGUUGCCACAGCGGCCGCUAUUGUCGCUACUGGAGCGCAAGUUGUUCCACAAGUUCCUCAAGGACAUAACCAACAAAAUAGUCAUUUACAUCCGGGUUACUUUUCACUUCACUCACCGACUAUUUUUCAUAAAUAG